UCUACUGUACACAAAAUUAGACCAGUGCAGACAUUAAUUCUCCCCGUCAAGCCGUUCAACUGCUGUUUAAGUCCAUCGUCAGGGAGAUUGUGCCCCGACACAGAGUACUGGCAGGCGUUAAUAAUCGAAUCGUUCCUCCGUGUUUCAAUAUUUUUGUUCGUAAAGCGCCAAACAAUCAUAUGUAGCACGACUCUAAUGCGCAUAACAACUAGCAGGUGUUGAUAAUGAGCUUAUUCUGAGCGCCAUGAUGGCGCUUUCUAUGGGUUAGCCUAUCAUUAAAAUCCACGUGUUUAAAUGCAAAAACACGGUGUUGCCUGUUACUGUUUUAAGCUGUAGGCGUUACUGAGCAUAUUUAUGGUGAAUGCGACAGAUUUUAAUUUGGAGUAUUUAACAGUCGAGUAUCCAAUCACAGGAGCGGGUGGCGGUGACGUAAUCCUGAACAGGAAAUUUCUGUUAGGGGUUACCAGGGGAUGAUUUCGUGAUUAAAUACCAUUGUAGUUGGUAACAUAGAUGUUCUUCUUUAUAUUUACGCUUAAACCUGGUGCUGGUUUUCAUUUCUGGUCCAACUAGCGAGCUAAACUCUGGCGUUACACCAUUUAUUACUCGGCUGACAUUGCGCCUAGCAGGGUGAGCGGAGCUUGUACUCCAUUCAUAACAAAAUAUCUGCUUAUAUCCAGCUAAUGGUUUGAACAUGAAUUAAUUUCGAAUAUUACGUCCAAAUUUAAUCAAUACACUUAGUAGAUAUGCUGAACAAAAUAAAUGUUUUCUCCUCAUCCUUUUCUCUCAUUUUUCACUUAAGUUGUCGCACCGGCUAAUUGUAAAGGAGUGGACCCUGUGGUUAGGUUGUGGGCGGGGUUUUGGAGAACAUCGUCCUGCUAUUGGUUGGACCCGCAUUCACGAUAUGUUUUAAACGUCUGGCGGUGAGACGUUUCAAGAUGGUGACAAGGAGGGUUCGAUCAGAGUACAUGAAGAAAUUCAAAGACCCCAAAUGGGACACGUACCACAAAUGUUAUGAGGAGAUGCUGGCGUAUAGGUUGACCCGCAGGCUCCUGGAGCACACACACAACCCCUGGUUCUGGAGUGGCUCGGACACAGACUCGGACUCAGGAGGACACAGUCCCCCUUCUCCCAGUAAAAAUCGAAUCGGAACUAAAGCCAGUAGGGAAGGAGCAGAACUUCAGCUGGAGGAGUGUGAAGAGCCAAGAAGGGACAUUCAGCAGAUGCAGGACCAGCAAACCAGAACCACAGAGGCUGUAGCAAGACUUUCUCUUCAACAUGAAGACGAGAAUGGUUCUGCAGUCCAUGGGUUGCAUCCUGAUGGUACCAGGGGGUCAAAUGUACUGGAGGGGGAGGAAGAGCAGCAGAAAGUCUGCAGCAGAGCCAGUAAAUGGUCAACACACCCUCUCAGAGACAGAGACACGGGAGGUCCUCCAUCACAGAAGACAAAACCUUCCAGAUCCACAAAACAAACUCACCAUUUGCAGCAAGUGAGGUCUUCUCCACUACAGCAGCCCAGAGAGGACACAAAGGAGAGCCGGCAUCCUUUUGCUUUGUAUGGAUGCGGAGAAAAGGAUGCAGACAUCUCAGGGAGGAAGACUUACAACGUCUGUUCUGCAGCUUCCACCUCAGAGAUUCAUGAGUCGGCUCUGCGUGCAAAAACCAGACGGGAGGUGGAGCGUCAGAUCCAGAGCCAGCGAACGGAGCAGAGGAGAGCUAAGUCAGCUGACCCGAGCAAAGUCAGGAAGCUGGUUCAGCCCGAGUUUAACCCCUGGCUCACAGAGUACAUGCGCUGUUUCUCUGCUCGCACCCGUUAGGACAGCUGCUGCUCACCAGGGUUAUUCCCUUUGAACAAUCAAAGUGUAUAGGUUUAUUAACCGGACGCAAGUCAAUUUGAUCAUAUUUUAAAUAAAAACAUUACAUUUAUGGACCACAGAAGGACUUUUAUACAAGUUUGAACAUAAUAUUGAAAUAAUGUUUCUAGCAACUUUAUGAUUAAAGCUAAUUUUGUCAUAAAAAAGAUUUUAGCUGAGCAUACAUAGUUCUUAGAUAAUCUUACAGCCAUGCUUGGAUGUAGUCCCUUUAAAAACAUUCCAGUAAUUGAGCCUUUCUUUAGUAAAAUCCUGAAAUGAAUAAUCAAUAAUGAAUGUACACAAAAACAAAAAUUUUUGUAAAUUAAGAAUGUAUUUAUUCCCAAAUAUUGUGUUAUUCUGGUCUAAGGAAACCUUUGAUUCAGCUCUGAAGUGUGUUUAGAUGUUUUCUGCUGUAUUUGUGGUUUUAGAGCUUUUAGAUGUUCAGGUGGACCACAGUGAUGAUGUGUUUAUGCUUUAGGUGGAAAAUGGUUGAUGUUACAGAAUCAGUCGUGUUUUGAUUAAUUGUGUUUUUCCUAUGAGCGUUUAAAUACUUUGACAUAUUCUGACUUGUUAGACUCAGUCAGGUGUUUUUUAAGUCUUUGGGUGACUGUGGACUCUGAUUUCGUUUUAAAUAAGCAGCACAGGUGAGAUAGUUUGUACAUAAAACACUGCAUUUAAACUGAAUUACAAAUCAGUUAAAUUAAUUCCAGAGAAUAUAAUUAUUAUUGUUGAGGCAAAUUACAGAUAAAGCUUUAAAACCAAACAAAUAAAAAACAUCAACAGGCAGCUGAUUAUUUAAAUUAUAAAUACUGAAAAAACAAAAAAAAAAAAACAAAUAAUUUACCAUUUUGGACCAAAUCUUUUGUCUUUAAAUGUUAUUCAUUUUAAAUAUUUGUACCAAAAAAACCUGCCUAGAAGCAUUAUUCUAGUCUUUAUUGGAUUUAUGUUGAAAUUAACACCAGACAUUCGUAUAAAUACUGAUUCAAGAUUUUUGUUUGUUUUGCAUAAUUGGAUUAUUUUCUGAACAGUGUAGACCAUGAAAUGUUAGAUGUAGUUACAGUAAUAGUUAUUAAGUCUGCUAAGUGCCAUAAAUAGCUACUUUUUUAUUUCAAUGUUUACUUUGUGAAUAUUUUUGCCAAAAAGGUUUUAUAUUCCAACUUGUAUUCAUUUUAUUUGUGGUCACAUUCUUUUCAGUAUUUGGUUACAUAAGUUUUGUAAUUUGUUGUUUAAGUGGCCCGAAGUUAUAUUUUGUGCAAUAUUUAGUUUAAAAGCUGCGUUUGAGCCGGACUUACGUUAAAGAGCAGGGAUCUCUGAUUAUCUGUGGGAGGAAAAACAAACUUGGUUAAAUAAUUGUUUAUGUUUCUGUUUAAUGAGGGCUUUGGAGUGAGGAUGUUUAUACUGUGAAGAGGUUUUACUUGAGUUCAGACUAAACUUUUAAAAUGGUUACUUACAUAUUUCUGUAUAUCAGGAGUUUCGAAAUCACCUUUUGUGUUUACAAUAAAGCAUUUUACCAUUUUCAAACUGA